CAAAGCUGUGAUCCUAAGUGCCUCACCUCUAUUAGAUUUUGGGAUGGAGUUCAUCUGCGGCUGGUUGUUGAUGUUAUCAGCGUUCGUUAGCGGGACUGCUGGAGCCGUCGAGAAUGGUUUGGGAUCGGAAGUGGGAUUGCUGAUGGAUACGGCGAAGGAGGCUGAGUUCUUUGGGUGGAUGAGAAGCGUAAGGAGGAGAAUCCAUGAAUACCCAGAACUGGCAUUUGAGGAGCACAAAACGAGUCAAAUAAUAAGAUCGGAGCUUGACUCGCUGGGGAUUGAGUACUCGUGGCCGGUCGCCAAGACCGGGGUGGUGGCUUCUAUUGGGUCUGGGAAGCAGCCUUGGUUCUCUCUCAGAGCGGACAUGGACGCCCUCCCUAUUCAGGAAUUGGUGGAGUGGGAGCACAAGAGCAAGUACAAUGGUAAAAUGCACGCUUGUGGCCAUGAUGCUCAUGUAACAAUGCUUCUUGGAGCAGCUAGGCUGCUUCAAAACAAGAGGGAUGAAUUGAAGGGCACUGUUAAGCUUGUCUUCCAGCCCGGUGAAGAGGGUCAUGCUGGUGCCUAUCAUGUGUUAAAAGAGGGCGCUCUCGAUGAUUUCCAGGCCAUCUUUGGAUUACAUGUUUCACCAGGAAUGCCCACUGGUACUGUCGGUUCAAAACCUGGUCCACUACUAGCCGGUGCUGCAAGGUUUUCAGCGGUAAUUAAAGGAAAAGGUGGACAUGCUGCCAGUCCCCAUGUUGGCAGAGACCCGGUUCUUGCAGCGUCCUUGGCCAUCCUUGCACUUCAACAGAUUGUUUCUCGUGAGACGGAUCCUCUUGAAGCCAGGGUGAUCACUGUUGGGUUCAUAGAGGCUGGCCAAGCUGCAAAUGUAAUUCCAGAGACUGUGAGAUUUGGAGGCACACUGCGAAGCUUGACAACCGAGGGUCUGCUCUACAUUCAGCAAAGGGUCAGACAGGUCAUAGAGAUGCAAGCUGCAGUGCAUCGGUGUACUGCAACAAUAGACUUCAUGGAGGAGAAACUGACGCCUUAUCCAGCUACUGUUAAUGAUGAAGCAAUGUAUGAACAUGCAAAGAGUAUUGCAGAAAUCUUACUUGGGCAACCCAAUGUGCACCUCCUUCCAGCUACCAUGGGAGCCGAAGAUUUCAGCUUCUAUGCACAGAAGAUGCCUGCCGCAUUUUUCUUCAUAGGGACAAAGAAUGAAACACUAAAGUCAGAUAAGCCUUUGCACUCACCACUCUUUGUUAUGGAUGAAGAGGCUCUACCCAUUGGUGCAGCUCUUCAUGCUGCCGUUGCAAUCUCUUACUUGGAAAGCCAUGCUGUUGAAGGUCUCUAG